AUGCGGGUGCUGCUCUUUGAGGGCGUUCUUCCACUGAAACGGAACUUCCGUGGGGCCCCUACGGAGGCCGACCCCUCCAUGGAUGGCGAAUCCGCCCCGGCGAGCUUGGACGGGCUGCUGGAGACGCUUUCCUUGUCCAAUUGCAAUAUCGGAACGGCGGGGUUGUUGGUGCUUCUUUUGGCGCUCACAGAGGAUGGCGGGAGGGGGUGCACAACCGCGCUGGAUCUCUCCUGCAACCGCCUCACCAGCAUCUCGCUCGAGUGCUUCACCGCGCUUCUGGAGUUUACGAAGGUGAAGCGACUCGAUCUUCGCCAUAACCCGCUGCACGCCCCAAGAAGCGCGGAAUUUAUCAGCUUCCUGACGGAAGGCUGUCAGGCACUAACGGAGCUGAGUUUGUGCUCGACUGGACUUUCACGCGCUCAAAUUCGCGGCUUGCUGCAUGUGCUUCCGGAGAUGCCGAAUCUACGGGUUCUCUUGCUUGAUUUUCUUGAUAUUCCGCUUGAAAUGGCGGUGGAAAUCCACUCCGCGGUUCGUAAAUCUCGACUUCAAUACAUUUCGCUGACGGGGUGUGAUGUAAAUAAGCAUCCAACCCUCAUGCACGAACUGGUAGCUUGCUGUACAAGGAACCGGCAAGCCGAAGGAGUGGGGAUCAACGCUUCCCCAUAUGCUUCCUUUUUUGAGGAACUUUUUAAAAAAAUGGAAGCGAGGGGGUGGACGCCAUUUCGGAGGUCAUCCUUGACUGGCGAUUUCGAACCCUACACGAAUAACGACCCCUCACUUUUUACUGUCGCUCACCCUAUAGAGUAA